CACAAACAUAGAACACAACUUUUUAUAGAAAAUAAAAUUAAAGCAAAUAAAAAAUCCUCCUAUUAUCUCAAAUUGACAAAAUCUUAAUUUUUGUUAUUCUGAUAUUGAUCAUGGCCAAGUUAUCGUGUUCGUAUUUCUUCUUAUUCAUGUUUGUGUUUUCAGUAUUUGCGGUGGCUCAGGAAACUAAGGGAGAUCAAUUAUGUACUAUGAUCAUCGAUGGACAAAGUUAUUGCGAGAUUACGGAUUGUCGUCUAGCAUGUUAUACGGGGUACAAUGGAGUUGGAAAAUGUCUUACAAAUUCCAAAGCUGGUGGAAAACUUAGUUGUUUUUGUACUUAUAAUUGCUAGAGAAGCAAAAUUUUAAAAUAAAAAUAUUGUAUAA